GGUUUGCAACGCGAAGGGGGAGGGAGAUAUCAUCCAGGGCGAACUUUGUAUGUUAUAAUUUGUGGUUUGAAGCGAUAUUUGAGCGAUAAAAGUAGAUUGAAUCUGUUGUGUAGACUGUGGAGACGAUAAAAGGUGAGUAGGCAGUAUUUUAAGGUUGACAUGACAGAUUUUAGUUGGUGCAUUCCGAUACUAGAUCCCGUGAAAAAUACGGAUUCUUCACUUCCCUCGCUUCACCGAGUAUACAUCGAGUUAUACAGGGUGCAUGUAUAAAAAGAAGGGUAAUCGAACUUCAGCGCCCCAUUGUAUGUGAAUUGCUCGGCAUAUGAACAAUUUCUUUCAUAUUCGGAAAGAUCAGGCUUUUAGCUAUUGAAUGACAUUGAAGUGAAAUUCUUUAUUGAAGUGAAAUUCAUCAACUUAAGUACCAAAGUGGAUUAAUUUUCAAUGGUUUUAUACUUUUAUACCCAACUCUCAACGGUGAAAAUCUACGAUUCUAACUAACAUUUUUAUCGGAUUCGUAUUUGCUCAUUUUUUAUCCAUUUGGCAUGAAGCAGGGGCGGCGGAACCGGGGGGCCUAGGGGGGCUAAAGCCCCCCCCCCCGAAGUAAAAGUGGGGGGGCUUAGCCCCCCAGAAAAUUUAGUUUUUUGUGGAAAAAUUUUGAUAAUUAAGGAAAAAUUUAGGUUAUUGUUUGAAAAUUUAGGUAUAAGGGGAAAACUUUGCAAUAUUUUGUUUAAAAAAUGUGUAUUUCCGGAAAAAAAUUUUGGUAUAUGUCCGGAAAAAAAUUUUUAAUCUCUUUUCUCGUAUAUGUGCGGAAAAAUUUUUGUACCCCUAAAAUGGUAGACUGACCAAAAUUUUUUUGGCGACGGGGAGGGGUCACGGAAAAAAAAUUUAGCCCCCCCAGAAUGAAAUCUGUUCCGCCGCCGCUGGCAUGAAGAAGAUAUUAUUCAACAGCUAAAAGCCUGAUCUUUCCGAAGAUGAAAAAAUUUGUUCAUACGCAGAGUAAUUCAGAUAACAAUAGCGCGCUGAAGUUCGAUUACCUUUACUUUUAUACACCCUGUACAAUAGCACCAGUGUUUAAUAACUGCGUGUUUAAUUCUUGCGAUAAUUUUUGGACGGGGAAAUAAAUUGGUGCUUGUUAAAUAAUUUUGGUAUUGGAUUAUGUGAAUAUGAUUUUGUUUUCAUAAUGCAUGGACCGAUGAGAUUUUAAUAAAUAUGCAAAUAAUUUAACAUCGUAACAGAAAAGAUACAACACGAGUGUUUGCAUAACUGAUUUGCAUAUUAUUAAGGCCCCGUUUACACUAUACCGGAUUCGCUCGUCACGCGAUCAUCUUCUGCCGUUAAGGAGCAAUGGUUAGUAGCAAAUGCUUAUUAGUUUGACAGAAUUGGCUUGUUUAUUUGGGUCUCUGAGAUUAAAAAUCUUCAGCCUUUCAAUGCCUACAAAAUUUGACCCACUCCGACAGCAAUCCGGUAUAGUGUAAACGGGGCCUAAACCUCAUUUGGAUGGGGUAUACAAAGGUGUGCAUGUGACGUAAUCCGUGAAAUUUGAUUGGCUAUAAACCUCGUUAAUUAUACUCGAUAAUUUGCACCUACAUCAGAUGUCCUGCAACUAUUAUCCAAUGGACCUUUAACCUUAUAACUAAAAUUUUGAUCUAGACAACAGUUCAUCACAGCUUGAAAGAGCAUCACAAAAUUAGUAAUAUUCCGAAGUUUCGUUGCGAAAUGUUGUAAAAUGCGGAUAAUAUAGCCUUGCGAAAUUUGCAAUUUUCAGUCAUUUUAGAUUACAAACGGGAAAUUGAUACCCAAACACCCGAUUUGGGUAUCAAUUUCCCGUUUGUAAUCUAAAAUGACUGAAAAUUGCAAACUUCGCACGGCUAUAUUAUCCGCAUUUUACAACAUUUCGUAACAAAACUUUGGAAUAUUACUAAUUUUAUGAUGCUCUUUCAAGCUGUGCUGAAAUUUUUGUCUAGAUCAAAAUUUUAGUUAUAAGGUUAAAGGUCCAUUGAACUGAUGAGAUGCCAACAAAAUCUUGAUAUUUACCCAUAACCUAACACGGUAGUACCCUAGACCUAGUAUAUAUACAUGAACUUGUGAUUAGAGCUCGGACGACUGAGUUCUGUAGCUCAGUUGGCUAGAGCGCCGCGCCAGAAUCGCAGGGCCGCAGGUCAUCGAUUCCUGCAGGCGGAUGAUCUUCAGGGUGUAUAAAAAAAACUGAACAGAUUUGAAAUUGCUCUCAAUUUCGCAAGACAGUUAUUAGUGUCCAGUUUUUUAUGUAUAUAGCUUCCUUUGGUAUUAUAAUGUAGAAUAAUGAAAAAAAUUUCUCGAACUCAAAUUUUGUAAACCAGGGAGGGGGUGUCUUUUCCAACAAACUAAAAAUGGCUUGCGCACGAAAUUUAAAAGCUUUAAUAAUAUUUUGAUUAAAAACCCAACAAAUUUUCCACCUAUUAACUCAAAAUAUGAUUAAAUCUUUUAAAUCUCGUGCGCAAGCCAUUUUUAGUUCGUCGGAAAAGACACACCCUCCUGGUUUAUAAAAUUUGAGUUCGACAAUUUUUUUCAUUAUUCUACAUUAUAAAUACCGAAAGAAGCCAUCCAUAUAUUAAAAAAACUGGAUACAAAUAGCUGUUUUGCGAAAUUGAGAGCAAUUUCAAAUCUGUUCAGUUUUUAAAUUUCCGUCUACAAUACCCAUUUCAAACUCAUUCAUAAUUCAUAACUAAAUUAGCCAACCAUGUUGCUUUAUUUUGCUUACAUGAUAAUACUGAAUACCUGGUAAAGUAUAUUGAUUCAGUCCUAGGACUGGAUCAAGAUUAAUUCACCUCACUUUAAAUGGUGAUUUAUUCGUACGAGAUGUUAUUUCAAAUCCUAUCGACUAUGAGGACGGGACUAGAUUUCAAGGGCUGGACUAGAGAUCAAAUUGCGCGGACUUGCAUGGAAUCUAGUGCAUUCAAUCCUCAUAGUCAGAGUUGAAAUAUUACUUCAACUGUUCGUUUUUACGCGUGUAGGUUGUAUUUAUGUAAAAAUGCUGUGCUGAGUGGUUAUAUAUUACUACCUAAAAAAAUAAGCAGAAACUCGACGUUUCGAGCGAAGGCCCUUCCUUAAGAUUUAGUAGGGCCUUCGCUCGAAACGUCGAGUUUCUGCUUAUUUUUUAAGGUAGUGAUAUAACCACUCUGCAGCACAGCAUUUUUAAAUUGGUACUACCUACACUGGUACAGACAGUUUUUGUAUUUAUGUAAUCAAUUUUUAAUACUCCAUGUCAUUCAGUCAGUUUCAACUGGAAAAUUGAUUUAAAAGGCAUAUGACUCGAAAAUUGACGGUGUUAUUUUUUAGUAUAAUUUUAAAGAUCAUUGAAAACUGUGUGGAGUAACUUCUUUGACUUCUUGCUUCGUUUUGGAGGUAUUUCAUUUUGUAUGAUAUGCAAAGGACUAACUUUCUAGGUCACACAUGCCUAAUGACUUACUUUAAAAUGGUAUAUAAUUUUUGUCACUAUCAAAUAAAUUCGCUCAAAAUGAAUAACGAGCACGAGAUUUGUCCACAAAAACACCCAUGUAUGUUUUCUACUGAUUGUGUUUAGUCGCAUUAAAGAUAUAGGCAGCUUUUAGGGCUAAAUCAUUAUGCAUAUGUGACUUAGGAAGUUGGCCCUUUGCAGGGACGUCGGAACGAUGUGAAGGCAAGGGGGGCAGAUUUUCGUGAAAGGGCACUUUUGAAUUGAUAUAUACUAAGAGAUGUUUGCAAAACAUCGGGAGUUGAACUUCGCCUAAUCAUGUUCGCCCUGGCCCUUUGCAUAUCAUACAAAAUGAAAUAUCUUCAAAACGAAGCGAGAAAACAAAAAUCUAUCAAAGAAGUUACUCUGCAGUUUUCAAUGAUCUUUCACAUCAGACAAAAAAAUAACAUCGUCAAUUUUCGAGUCAUAUAUGUCCUUUAAUUAAACCAAUUCAAUAUUAAAGAAUUUAUACAGUACAUACUUUCGGGAGCAUCAAGUGAUCCGUUUGCAUAAACUUCACCAUACUUGUUGAUUGCUAGGAAACCACGUCGGUUGAAGAUUUUGACAAUUUUGGUGUUGGUUGGAAAUUUAUUUAUUUUUGAUCUGUAUUGCCACUCGUGGGAUUCCAUCUCAAUAUUGUUUGAAUCUCUAGGCAAAUCUGAUGUAUACUCCCAGGGUUUGAAUGCUCUCGGUGUAUCGUUAUAUCCGUCUUGCAAAGGAACGACUUCUCUCACUGGGUCGUUCACAUUUCUCUCUAUAUUUUCAAUUUCAUUUGAAAACCAUGAUUCCUUUGGGCUUCUCUCGUUCUGGUCGAGGUUAUUGUCAGACGCGCUUGCUUGGAUUACUGUUAAUAUGGACGCGACUGCAAAGAACUAGGAAAUUUAACAAAAGUUUUCACUUACAAAAAUCCUGUUGAUUGAUGGUGUGGCAGGGUUUAUUUUAACGUGCAGUUCUACACAAAAUGUGCAGUUCUAAACCCAUUUGUGCAGUUCUUAAAACAUCAAUGUGCAGUCACCAAACUAACAAAAAUAGCCUUAAUUAAAACAGUCUCCUCAUUUACUCGUUACCCUUGUGGAUGCUCCAGAAAAUUCCAGAAUUGCUGUCAUUAAUUGAGCAUCAAAAAUAUAAACGUUUUCUGGGGGGAGAACUCCAGACCUUCCUAUUUUCCUCACAAAUCACUUAUACGUGCUGGCGUAAUGGAAAAGAAGGUAAAAUUGGGGCGAGCGAAGCAACCCAAAAGAGAUUAGAGUCGGAGAACCUAAUAUUCGUUGCUGCCUCAAAUGCAAAUUUAAGGUUGUUAUAUAUUGAAUAUCCAUGAUUCCCACUUACAUGUUUUGAAACAGUUUUUGUGAGUGGUUGGGUAAACAAAUCUUUGCCAGAGCUAUAGGAGCCUCUAGAUUCAAAUUGUUUUGGGGAACACCCCCUAGCUCCCGCACCCAAAAUCGAGUUUGUCUGGCCUUUCUCCAAUUCUCCCACCCAACCACACCAUUAUUCUGUCACCUAUAUGCAGAUAAAAAAUCCUUCGACCCCCCCCCUCCCCCGUCAAACACCCGUUGCCUUCGUAACAUCCCUAAAUGUGCAGUUCUAAAUUUUUCUUAAAAUAAACCCUGUGGUGUGGUAUUACUGCACAUGUAUAUGUCUCGAACGUGAUGGCCCAGAUAGGUAGUGUUCUACAAUAAGCUGCUGCGGUUUGUAUCUGAACUACCUGAAAAAGAUAUCUCAAAUGUGGUGGUCCAGUGUAGGUAUAGCAUCCUACAAUAAGCUGCCGUGGUCUGUGUUUAAUUAAACUACCCACAAAUGCACAAUAUACUAGUCUAAUACUUCUAUUUUAUUCGAUAUUAGCAAAGAUAUACAACUUAAUCUGAUAACUUAUUAUUGUGACGUAGCCUGAAUCCAUGAGACGUACUGUAUAUCAAACUACGACUGGAAAUAUCUCGAAAACCGCGAAGCAUAAUUAUACGGAACGAAAAACUGCAAAAGCAAUUAUACCGUAUAGUUUGUAUAUACUUUAAAAUAAGACGAUAAAAGUUUUCGUUAUAGAGUAUAGUUCAUGUGCAUUUUAAGUGACGCUUUAAUGAAUGCAACAAAAUAAAAGUUCCGCUAUUGACUUGAGUGCAGCCAUGGUACGCAGCCUGCUAACAUCUUUGCGAUAUUGUUUGCAUAUAUAUAAAUAUAGUCGUCCACUUCAGAUCACGGCCAGCAAAUAAUCUUUAAAAAUUGUCAGGCAUUAAAUUUUAAUUCACAAAGUGGACUGUAUCUUAGCACGAUGAUAAAAAAUUCUGUCAGUUGAUAUUUCAUUCAAUAUCCAUUGGAAUUGUUUCAAUUGACAAUUAUUGCUUCAUUAGAUACUUAGAUCAAGUAUUUCUUUUUCUUUCACACGAAGUUGUUAAAGUGCCUGAAUGAUGAAUCCUAAUUUGCCUAAAAUACAUUAUUCUGCAUGUCUUUAAUAAACCUAAUUUCAGACAAUAAUCAUCCCACGAUUUCUAACGAGUCUGUAUAUUGCUAAUCACUUUCAGAUUAACUUGCGUGGUCUAAAAUUUUGCGUGCUAUUUUUAACAGAAAUUUUUUUCAAGCAUCAAAAUUUUUCCUCGUGUAUUUUUUUACAAAUUAUAGGGCAGAUAAUAAUAUAAUUUGUAGGCUUUUUUGUGUAUUGCAACUAUACUGUAUCAAAAACAGGUCGACGUUUUGCGCGAAAGCCCUUAGUCUGGAAUUUAAUAGUGAAUUUAGUUUGCAGUUGUUAAUUCUAUAUAAAUUUUAGUACGGAUAUAGCCUUGUUUCAUGCAUGAUUGAACUAAUAUCGCUAACUUUUUAAUGGUAAUUUGAGCAGAAACAAAAUAGAUGAGUAUAUGUAUUAGUGAUAUAAAAUUAUGAGCUAUUAAAGCAUUAUGUAGUAAUAUAAAUUCGCGUUUCGCAUUGUUCAUAAGCAAUUUUUUUAUUUAACCAAAAAUACUCCCUAAAUAUUUCCUGAAAUGCUUACCUUAAUUUGGCGCAUAUUUCCAACAAUUCUUGAAAAGCUUGUUUGAAACUUCACUCUCGACUGAUAUGCGGGAACAAAAGUCAAACAGUUGAUUUAACGGUAUUGAUCAGCAUGUAUAUUUAAAUUUUGACAAGUGCAUUCGUGUGCAAUGCUUGCAAACAUAUGUUUUAAACUUUGAUAAAACAGAGUCUUAGUCUUUUUUACGUUACGCGUUCUGAUUGGCUGCUGUGUGCGUCAUUGCAACAAUUAACAAUUCUCAUGCAAGCUUGCGAUCAAAUGCCCAGACGGAAACGCUUAUACCAUGCAGCGUUUAGCUCGUUAGCAAGCAAAAAAUGUUUCGAUAAUGAUGUUUCAAGAAUUAGUCAAGCCUCGUUGAAACGACAUGCAAUCAUGCAACAUUACAGGGCUUAAGCUGAUUCAUCAGUUUUACAUUGCGCAUUUUUACUGCGCAUAUCUAAUAACAAGUUCUAGCUAAUAUAUGUAGUCGACCUGCAAUGUAAAGAGAUAAGGAAAGAGUAAGGGCAAAGAGAAAAACACUCUGCAUUGAUUAGGCCUGCUUCAGGAAAUAUACCUUCAAAAAUGACAGAACUCUGGCUAGGGCUUCUGUGUAAGUAGUGUAACUAACGCUAAACCACAUCAUGUUGCAUGUUUAACUCUUGUAUCUCUUUAAGAAGGUCCGUGACCCUACUUUAUUUUGUUUUAUAUUUUUGUUCUUCUAUACGUCUUAGCUACAUAAGAGAAAAAUCAUUUCUACAACUUAUAAUAUUUUACAUUUUACGUGCAUGCUUUCCAAAAUAACUUGUCUGAGAAGAUGGGAAAAGACAUCUUUGCACCACGACAAUGCACGUCAAUGGUUUUUGAUUCGCUAAAAUACCAUGUUUCUUUGUAUAUAAUCACUAGAUGGCCAUUUUUGGUAGGAUCGUUGUUAAAAAAUGGCGCCAUAUGUGGGGAAAGCUGGCAUAUUGCACUUGUCAUAUCUUCGCCGAAACGAGUUCGGUGACCCCAACUUUUUUCUGUUUUCAAGUCAGUCGAGCCGUUAUAGAUGGCGUCAGCAGUUUUCCUAGGAACUCAUAAAAUCAAGAACGCCAGUCAAUGUAGUUUUACGUCACGUGAUUUCAAAUAAGAACGGCUGUCGCCAUCUAUAACGACUCGGUUGACUUACGGUUGGUGUUCGUGUUGUCAAAAAACGUGGCUUGUAAGCUCUUUCAUGAUCACGCGCACUCGUCAAAUGUUGCGCGUUGCAUGAAAAUUUUUAACAAAAUCACAUGUUCCAUAUAAAUAUAUGAUGGGUAUUGCUUAUUUGGAGGUUGGACAUUAGCUUAGUGCACCAAAUAGCCCUACAUCGAAAGUGUUCGUUAUAUACACCGUGGCAUUGUUGCAACGCAAAUUUCUAUGAGUUUAAGGCCCCAGUUACACGAUACCGGAUUCGCUUCGGAGCAACAUCAAAUUUUACAGUUUCAAGGGGAGUUUAGCACUCAAAAUUAUGAUUACUCAUAAUAUAACAGAAUUAGUCAAAAACUUCAAAUAUGAAAAGUUGUAAGAGGCCGAAAGCGUCUUAGUUGAUGUCGCUCGACUCGCUCCGAUGCGAAUUCGGUAUCGCAUAACUGGGGCCUCUAAAUAGGACGUUACCCAUCUUGCGCGCUCAAUGUUUAAGGUUUAUGAUUUUUGAAGGACAAGUUUUUUUCCAUUUUUAGCUAUACAUAUUUAAUGCACACUUUUGUGCUGAUGAAUAGAAUAUGAUUCAGAUAUAGUCACAAUGAGAUAAGUGUGUGCUCAUGCACUCGUGUUCUUGAAACUAUCAGCCGCUAAUGGUUUCUGAUCGAUAUCAAUUCAAUUGCACUAACGUGAAUCAGGCGAGGCAUACAUUCACUUUGACCUAUACUGCAGUUCUUCAGACGAAGAUUGACUUUCCUUGCGAAAAGCUUCCUUGCAAUUCAAGAAUUUUUUUAAGUUUGGAGCUUUGUCGAACAAAAAAAAAUUUAAAGUUUAUAAACAAUCUAAAAUUUGUGAGUUCACUUCAGCCAGGUAUAAUAUCAGUCAUGUUUUCGCUCGCUACUCUGGUUUUAAUAAGUGAAUGUAAGGUCCAGUAGAAUUGCAUUCACGACCCAACAUUUCGACACUCCAGUCUAGUCUCUUCAUCAGGGGUGAUCUGAAAUCGCAAAGUGACUUAUACAGUGUGUAUAAAAAAAGUAAUCGAACUUCAGCGCGCUAUUGCACGUGAAUUACUCGGCGUAUGAACAAGACUUUUUUCAUAUUCGGAAAGAUCAGGCUUUUAGCUAAUGAAUUUGAAUGACAUGUUUUUCAUGCCAAGUGGAGAAAAAAUAAGCAAAUACGAUAAAAAAUGUUAGUCAGAAUCGCAUAUAUUUUCACCUCUGUGCCUAAUUGACCCUAAUUAAAUACCCCCAAUUAAUUACGAACUUGUCAUAGCUGAGCUAAGAUAUACUACUUAUAAUAAUUGCGUAGUUUAUUGAAGUAAAAUUCAUCAACUUAUAGGUCCCAAAGGGGUUAAUUUUCAAUGGUUUUAGACCCAACUCUCAACGGUGAAAAUAUGCGAUUCUGACUAACAUUUUUUAUCGGAUUCGUAUUUGCUAAUUUUUUCUCCAUCUGGCAUGAAGAAGAUAUCAUUCAACAGCUAAAAGCCUGAUCUUUCCGAAUAUGAAAAAAUCUCGUUCAUACGCAGAGUAAUUAAGAUACAAUAGCGCGCUGAAGUUCGAUUACCGUUCGGUUCGGUUUUAUACACACUGCAUGUAUACCCAUGGGAUGACGCAUCUGCCAACAAGAUGGAUGUAUUUUUGCAGCCAAUAAGCAUCGUUAUGCCUGUUCAAAGCACGUUUCGACACAAAUAAAUAUGAGUAAUCAUUGGGUCGUGAAUGCAGUUCGACUGGGCUUUGCAUUCAUUUAUUAAAACCAGAGUAGCGAGCGAAAACAUGACUGUUAUAAACAUUCUGUUGGAAAGUCUGCUUUGAAAUUGUUUCGUCAACCUAGGAUAAAGCCAAACGGUUUUCAAACAACCAAACCUGGUUUUCUAUUGAUGUAAUUUAUAUUUGCCUUACACGAAAUAGAAAAUUCAAUAUCUUUGAGAUAUAACAUUCAUCUUCACGACAAAACGUACAUUUUCGGUUAUUCCUAAUACCGUGCUUUUAUGACAAAGUUAACGAAUUUUUCAGUACUAAAAUUUAGUUUUUGUCUCAUUUGAAAGAACUUUCAAAAUAAUUAAUAAAGAUUUUUACAGCGUUCUCAUUCAUAUCUUACUUGGUUCUCGAAACCAUUCACAAGUGGGAUGACGCAAUUUCUUAUCUUUACAGCCAGUAAUCAAUAUAAGCCAAGACCGUGUUUUUGUUCCUAUUUCAAAUUUCGAAUUGAAUCGGAAUAGAAGCAUUUUAAACGACUUUUGAUAUUUAAUAGGUCAUGCAUAAUUUUAUAUAAGGGUAUCCCCAUUUUUUGACGUCAACAAAACCAUAGUAGGUUUGCCACAAAAUGUAAAUACGUAAUUUUGAACGUUCUUUUAAAUGAGGCAAACUAAAUGUUUAGUUUCAAUGUAGUUUAACACCCGCAUUUUACAGGAAUAGUCGGAAAGAGUCUCGUGCAUGCAUCCUUGGUAGCAUCUGUCGUGUGUGCUUUUAGAUAACGUAAAUGCGUGCAAGCAAGAUACUUCAUUGAAAUGGUUAAAUGGUUCUUCCUAUGUUCAGGGAUAUCAUUCGUAUAAUAGCUCUUUCAUUCAUUGCUGUUAUCUUAUUAAAUUCUAAUUAACAUCUUGAGUUUCUCGUUAUCUAUUUAGAAUGCCUCAUUAUGUGGCCAUUAACGACACAAAGCAGACGCUCAAAGACAAUGCACAACUGCGAUGAACAUCUUGCCCCCAAUAAGUGUGUCCAUUCAUCAUUAUUUAUAGCCAAUAUAGGUAAGACGCUUUGAAUUAAUAUUAAAACACUCGUUAAUAACUCGUACGUUUUGUUGGCAAAUUAUGUCAAGCUGACCAGUACAAAGUCAAAGAACGUGCAUUAUAUUUUCAUUUCUUCAUUUUCUUGUAAUGUACAUUUUAUGUAUUUUGCUAAGUUUUAAAUGUUCUGGACUGGCUUUUGAUUAAGUAGAGAUGUUAUAUCUCACGAUCACCAAAACAUGAUAAAAUAGCCCAAAGAUGAUGAAAAAUGGCACUUUACUCUAUAGAUCGAUAUUAAAAAUUUUCCCCGGGCAACGUACUCCGGACCCCCUAAAUGAAGACUGUACUACACACACAAAAAUCUCACAACUUGUCAAGAUGUGUUCACAACAAGCUUGUAGCAAGCUAGCGCUUGUCAACAAGAUGUAAUAAUGUUGUUAUUUUAUCAAUUUGUUACAAGGUUGUCACUCACAACUUGUUGACAAGUUGUUGAAUUGCAGGACGAUAACAAGUUGUUGGAACAACUUGUAACAAGUCCGUUGAGCUCAACAACCUUGUGCAUGGCAAGUUGUCAACAAACUGGGAACAAGUUGACAAGUUGAUUCUGUUGACAAGUUGUUGGAACAGCAUUGCUGCAAGUCUGCUGCAGGUUUGUUACAACUUGUGCGUUUUUACGUGUGUAUCUCAUAAAUAUCUUAACUACACACGCAAAAAUCUCACAUCUUGUAGCAAGUCUGCCAACAAGCCGUCAACAAGUUGUGUUCGCACUGAUUUGAACACAAAUCUAAUAACAACACGAUAUUUGACAGGACAGAUUACGAGACUUGUUACAAGACAAACAUAUAGAUUUCCAUGUCGUUGGAUCAUCAACGUCAAAAACGUCUUCCAGCGCUAACUUUUAAUAUUUAGAAAGUCCGUUUUUGAAUUGUCCUAAACUAAUGUUAUUGCUUGUGAAACAUUUUGGUAUUACGUUCCAUAAUCUCUUUGUUCGGUUGAGAAAUGAGCUUUGGUAGGUAGUGGUCUUGCAUUGUGCCGUUGUAAUUGACAGAUUUUCACGCUUUCUGAAAGUCUCGCAACAUCCCGCGUGCAUGGAUCACGCAAUCCUGCACGGUAUUCCUUUAAUAUUGUUACAACCUUGUGUCGUCAACCUUGUAACAUUCUUGUUAUAUCAUGACUGCAUCGGACUUAUUAGAACAACCUUGUAACAAGUCUGAUGGUUAUAACGUUACAAGGUUGUAACAUUACAAUAUUGUUAUAUCAUGACUGUAUCGGACUUGUUGGAACAACCUUGCAAUAAGUCUGAUAGUAUCAACAAGAUUGUAAUCAUAAGUUGUUAACAGCUUGUUCCAUACUUGUUGACAACUUGGAACAAGCAGUGCGAACACAACUUGUUGACGGUUUGUUGGCAGACUUGCUACAAGAUGUGAGAUUUUCGCGUGUGUAUAGUACACGCGUAGAAACGCACAUGUUGUUACAGGUCUGCAAACAAGUUGUUACAAAUCUGUUCACAAGUUAUCAACAAGUUGUAUCAAGCUUGAUGGCAUUAUGAGACUUGUUACUAGGUUCUUUAACAAGUCUUAUACAAUCAUGAUAUAACAAGAAUGUUACAAGGUUGAUCAUACAAGGUUGUAACAGUAUUGUUAUAUCAUGACUGUAUCAGACUUGUUGGAACAACCUUGCAACAAGUCUGAUAGUAUCAACAAGGUUGUUAUAAUUUGUUAACAGCUUGUUCCAAACUUGUUGACAACUUGGGAUAAGCAGUGCGAACACAACUUGUUGUCUGGUUGUUGGCAGACUUGCUAUACACGGAAAAGUCUCACGACUUGCCAACAAGCUGUCAACAAGUUGUGUUCGCACUGCUUAUCCCAAGUUGUCAACAAGUUUGGAACAAGCUGUGAACAACUUGUAACAACGUUGUUGAUAUUAUCAGAUUUGUUGCAAGGUUGUUCCAACAAGUCCGAUACAGUCCUGAUAUAACAAUACUGUCACAACCUUGUGUCGUCAACCUUGUUACAUUCUUGUUAUAUCAUGACUGUAUCAGAACUGUUAGAAUAAUCUUGUAACAAGUCUGAUAAUGCCAUCAAGCUUGUUACAAAUUGUUAACAGCUUGUUCCAAACUUGUUACAACAACUGGGAACAAGCAGUGCGAACACAACUUGUCGACAGCUUCUGAACAGAUUUGUAACAACUUGUUUGCAGACCUGUAACAACUUGUGCGUUUUUACGUGUGUACACUACGAAUGUCGUGCGUUAUUUGUGUGAAUUGAACUUGAGGACUGUUUAAAAGCAAUUUAGCCUCAAAUUCAGUGGCGGGCCAGGCCUCCAAAUUUGGGGGGCAUUUGAGGGGCAAACUCAAAUUUUGGGGGGCAAGAUAGAAUUUUUAAAAAGGUCGCCCCCCAGGAGAUUCGCCUUGGUUGAGAAAUGGUUGAGAAAUUAUUGUUACAACUUUGUUACAAAGUUAUUUGGCUAUCGUUUGAAGUCUUUCAAAAAUUAUUUGAGAUCCUUUGCUACUUGAUAAUCUCAAAUGCGUUAAUAAUUCAUGAGUAAAUUAGCCAACCGCUUUAUUUUGCUCACAUAAAGCCCAGUUUCUAUGUGGUCAUAAGUAACGGUCGUAAAGAUUGAGUCACGAUUAGCCCGUGGGCUGUUAGCCAAAAUUAUUUCGCUUCGUGGCACCCAUGUCGGAAAUACUUGGUUUGGGAGGGUUAUUUGAAAGGCAUAUAGGUACAUCACUACCAAAAAAAGUUCCCAAGCAAAAAAAGCUGCCCAAUCCCGAGAAAAUGGGUAAUCAAUGAUUAUCCUCUAUUAAAUUGUAUUACAACAAAAAAAAUGGGAAAUUCUGUAUUCAAUUACAAUAAAAAUUACUUGCAUCAUCGGAAAACGUACAAAAAACUGCAUAUAAGACUUUUAAACAGUUUUUUGAGUUUUCAAUUAGUCUUUGAGUUAUUGCUGUUUUAAAUGCGAAAAUUGGACCAAAAUGUCGCAAUAAGGACUGGGUACUAGGUCAAAAACACGUUUUUGACAGCGUAUAACUCGAAAACAAUUUUAGAUAUAAAAAAAAACUGUUUAAAUGUCUUAUAUGUAGGUUUUUGUAAGCUUUCUGAUAAUGCAAGUCAUUUUUGUUGUAAUUGAAUACAAAAUUUCACAUUUUCUUGCUGUAAUACAAUUUAAUAGAGGAUAAUCACUGAUCACCCAUUUUCUCGGUCUUGGGCAAGUUUUUUGCUUGGGAACUUUUUGUGGUAAUUAAGCAUCUAUGGUUCUAUGAUCUGAAUUGAACCACAGAAAAUCUAUUUCCCAGGAGGGUGCCACGAAAUUGCUUUUCUAGGCACUUUUUUGCGCAACAGCCCACGGCCUAGAUCUUUCUCAUCAGCCGAAAUACAACAUUUUAGAACUGAAAAUACGCGGAGUGAUACUGUUUAUAACUAUAGAAUACUUAUAUGAUUUAUGUGUGGUUUACAGGUAUACAGGGUUUAUACACCCAAAAAAAAGUAGUACCCUCUAUAGAAAUUAUCAUAUUAUUGUUAUAAUUUGAAUGCCUGAGCGCUAUGCUGAACACAAUUUUUUUUUAUUUAUUUAUUUUUUGCCCAAUUUUCCAAAGUACAAUAAAAUUUAACUAUUUACAUUUUUAUAAUCUAUACGUAGGGCUAGAGAUCUUUUAGAAACCCUUUUGGGCUUUUAUUUUAAGACCCCUAGUAUAACAAAACUUUUAUUACUUAGUAUAAUUUCAUGAUGUCAUAAAAAUAGUACAUAAUAUAAUAACGAAAAUAUAUACAAUUGUGAGAGUGUUUAAAGGAAAGUUAGUCUAUUUACAAGAUUUUUCAGAUUUUUUAAACUUUAUACAUUAAAAUAGGAUGAUUAAUUAGCUGAUUGGUGUGAUACUAUAAAGUAUGUUUUCACAUUUUUUUUGAAAACCAUAUAUGAUCCAAUAUUUUUUAACUCCGUACUUAAAUUAUUCCAAAUGUCAAUACCUUUACUAACAACAGAUUGUUUUCAAUAGUUUGUUCUUGUAUAAACUUUAUGCAAUUUUUUUGAAUUUCGCGUGCAAUGUUCAUGAAUGAGUGCGUAAACACAAUUGAAUUGAAUUUUUAAUUACCAGUCGCAUAAAAUCCUGUGCUUAACAACAAUAGGAUAAAUUUCUAUAGAGGGUACUUUUUCUUGGGACACCCUGUAUAAACUAUUAUAAACUGGCCGUUGAGAAAGAUCGUAACUCUAUUUUUACGACUAUUACGAGCAUAUAUAUACAGAGACGAGGCUUUAUAAUACUGGAUGCCUGUUGAAGUAUAUAUAUUGAUCCAGUCCUAGGAUUGGAUCAAAAUUAAUUUACCUCACUUGAAGUAUAUAGUGAUUUAUUCGUAUUAGAUGUCAUUUCAAAUCAACCUCCAAUUCGGUUUCGGCUUCGCCUCGGACUUGAUCAAAUUGUGCGGGUUUGAAAUCUAAUCCAGUCCUCAUAGUCGUGGACGGAUUUGGAAUAUUGCGUAAGUUAUGAACGUCUGUUAUAAAUUGCCAUAAUGAGCCAUCAAUAAUUCAAUCAUUUCAAAAUUAUCCGUAAUGUCCACCGGCGUUUUUCCAUCGUAGCUCAAGACGUCAGGAUCCGCUCCGUGUUUUAAUAAAAACUUCGUGAUCCUCAUGUCUUCCGAGUUCACACUGUAGUGCAGAGGUGUCCAGCCUGUGCAGUCGUGUAGGUUAACAUCGGCUCCGAGAUUAACUAAAACACGAACGCAUUUCAUAUUGCCGUCACGAACAAAUUCGUGUAAAGCUGUCCCACCAUGAGUCGAUGUCAGUGUUGUAUUAACUAUCCCGGUAUCAACGCUUGGUCGUUUCAAAAAUUCAACAAUCUCACUACUAUCUCCCUCUUUGACUACCUCUUUAAAUACCAAAGAGUGGGGAAAUUUUACUUUUCGUUCCACAUUCGACAUCUUAAGUUUGUAUCACUGAAACUAUAUAUCCCACUUGAGAAACCUGGGCUUUCCAAAAUUUUCACGUUUGAGUUUCAAAGCUUUUGCCGUCAGAACUAUACUUGGAUAAUACAACUCGUUGAUGAAAUUAUCGCGUCUUUCGACCUAAUUGUUUAAACAGAGUCACUAAUUUUUCGGAGUUUUCAAAAUCACAUGGAAAACAAAUGACUUAUUGUUCUGUUUAAUCCCUUAUGUCACAACGGCUUACGUCAAAAUAGUUUUAGCCAAUCAUCAGCUCGGAUUUUUAUUAAAUAUAUCAGUUUUAAGACCAUCUUGUUUGAUCAAUUUAACUCUAAGUUUAUACACGUACUAGCAUAAAUGUGGGUUGCUUUAAUCCAUUUUAAUACACAACUGAAAAUUUUUGCUCAUAUAUUCGCUGUUUCAUAACCCGGCUUUUUUCUUUUGAUGGUAUUGUAACAAGAUUGUAGCAGUUUGCAACCGUAUUGUAACAACAUAUAUACAUAAGCGUUUCACUAAUUGUUUAUGCGGCAAUUUAAUGUCUCUUUAAAACGCGGUGUUAUUCAAAUCUAUGCAAGAUUAAUUAAAGUUAAGCUCAAUGGGGGUAGAAGCGAAUACGAUUAGAUCAAAUACAAACUGUGUACAUUACAAAGUCGUGUCGUAUAAUCAAUUUCCGUACGUUUACUUUUCCAUCAACCAAAUUACCAGGCUAUAAUGCCAGCCUCUUCUUUUAAUAGCGCAAGGCAUCUCAGUGUAUUGAAAAGCUGUAGACCAAUACGGAAUUUCGACUGCACACCCAAAUGUAGUUGAAUCAUAUAACACAGGGCCUUUUUUAACUUUUAGCCAAAGCCUCCCCCCCCCCCACCAACCAUUUUGCCCCCACCCGGCCCAGUCAAAGUCCCAUUGGAAGAAAAAUUGAAUUUAUAUAGAAGGGAGGUUCUUAAACCUCCCUUCUAUAUAAUUUCAAUUUUUCCUAGAAUAUUAAAAUAUUCUAGUAAUUGAAAUGGGCCGAAAGUGGUACAUUUUCCCGUGCAUUAUUAAUUUUGCAUUUUCCCAUUGAUUCUUAACCUGCCUUUUUUACGUUUUCUAAUUUUCUGGGCGGUAGGCCGUGACUGAUGGGGGGGCCCCUCUAACUGUCGGGCGCUCUUAGUUUUUGAACAAACCCUACCCAAUGAGCUUUACGUUACGCCACUGGAUAAUGUCAUUUCAGUGAGUUCACAUUAUUACAAGCACAACAAGAGGGAACAAACAGCGUACAUUAAAGAGAAAUUAAUGAAACGGGUAUUUCACUUUAAAGAAGAAGCGUGCGAGGCAAGAAGAUUGACUGAAGUUGAUGAAUUACAAUACACAACUGCAGUCAUGCAGAUUUAGAUCUUAGAAAACACGACGCCCUUCAAACUACGCACCUGCGAAUCGACGAAAUUCUUCAACCAAGACAAAAAGUACAAAUAAUUUGUGAAGUCUCUGUCAGACGAGAAUAAGCGUUGAUGAGAGCUGGCAGCAAAACUUCGCCAUUUUGUCAAUACCGAAAUUUUGAUUCAAGUUUACUAUUCCAAAUCGUUUUCCAUUCUGUUAUAAAUGGUGUUCUUAUUUGGAGCAACACAUAGACAUAUAAAACGAACAUUGAAUCUUGAUAUUUACACAAAAUCUACCUUGAAUAGCAUGCAGACACCGCAUCAGGCUUAAUGACACGCUUCAAGCAACAUUAUUACAAUAAUCGAAUAUUUUUGCCGCUCAUUUUUUAGCUGAAAUUUCGCAUUAGGGUGACCACCAUAGUACCAUAACCAUCACUGCAGUGUGCCCAAAGUUUUCUUUAUAUUUCGAAUUCAAGACUAUUUAUUGUGUCUUGGAUUUUAUUUUCCACUUGAAUGACUUGUAUUCUUUACAGGUUUCCUCUCAACUGAAAGUAGUGGUUUUUAAAAGUAAAGUACAAGUUAUUUAAACUGUGCGUGGGCAUCUCCCCAACUGUUGAACAUGCUGUGCCCUGCAAACGAUCAUUUGAGAAUUUUAAUCCAGGUAUUGUCUUUUAGAAGCGAAAGCAAAACUUCAAACUAAAAGCAAAAAUGGAAAAUGAAAGCUUAUUGUAUGAAAUUAAAUCCUAUCUGCGCUUAUAUAGCUUUGCACAAUUUGAUUUUCAUCAAUUCUCAUCGUGCUUUCUUGGAUUCUAGAAAAGGAUGGCGAGACCCGAUUCUACGAAACUGGAAGAAAAGAACGGUGAAGAUGCCGUCAGUCCAAUGUCUGAGGCUGAUAUAAAUAAUGGACAAAGUAUUAUCAAUCAAGGAACCAUCAACGAUAGUACAUGUUCAAAGCCAGAGCAGAAUGCCGACAACGAACACACUAGGAAUUGUAAUUCUAAUGAUGGCAGUGUGGGAGGUGACGAUGGCGUCAUCAAACAAUCGCCGACUAAUUGUGAAGGCAGUAUAGCAAAUAAUGGCGUACCUUCUAGUGACACCAACCCCAAGGACAAAAACCAUGCAAGAAGCAUUAGCGAGUCCAGCAACCACUCAACUUCUGAGGAGGAUGGCGCAGUUGGCAACGUGGUUUCUAGAUCGUUAUCUUUUGUGGUGAGUAUGUUUGAUUAAUAACCUAACAUUGUAUUAGGAUAUUCUUCAAGCGUUUAGAAGUGCAUUAAUGGGUGACUUUAACUGUACCAUCAUGCUGAUGGCGGUCCAGCAGUUUGAGGUCAGGGAUUUAAGUUACUGAGACUCCGAGGCCGGCCAUUGCUCAAAACGUUGAAGUGCUUUUAACCUGUUCACGUAGUUCAAAACUAUUUACAUCUAGUAAGAACAUUACAUAUUAUUAUUAUAUGUAUUUAUCGAUAGCAUAGACUAGUGGACUGUCCUUAAAACGAUCAGUUCUACUUAUAAAAUUUGUUUCUAUUGGAUCUAGUUUCUCUAUUUCUAAUGUUUCCCUCUUUCACAGGUAAUAAGUAGUGUAAUUUAUGUGACGGGGAGGACAUUUUUAAAUUAAGUCAAUACAAUGUAUGUCCCGUCUCUGAUUAAAUGGAAGUAGUUUAGGCGAAACAAGAGCUGAAGAGCAUCUUCAUAACUUCAGGUCAGGAGUGAUAAUCCUUAGAGCACGUUUUUGGAUUUUUUCAAUAUCUUGCCUUUGUGAUAACGUUAGACCUCCGGUCAUAUAAGUCAUCGAGUCAUGUAAGUCAUCGAGUUAGUAAAUUAACAGGCAGGGUACUGUAACAAGUCACUGGCUAUUUUGUGCCUCUUGGUGGGCCAUCUGACUUGUAUUAUUUUAUGAUUUGUACUCACAGCGCGCUUUAGGUGAAUGAUCUAGACAAUGCGUGUCCUUUCCCAACGAAAACGAGAAACUGUUAGAACCUCUUCUAAUAUGUCACCAAUACACAGUAGAUUCAUGCUGAUCCCAUCAAUGUGACCGCCAUUGGCUUUUAGUAUUAGUCUUAGUCCUAUCCAGCUGUAGUUUUUAUUUAGAUCAGUUUUUGUUCUACUUCAGGAUGGUCGAGACGAAGAGGUAAUGCCCUCCAGAAAAGUACAACUGUUCAGUUGUAAUCAACAACCCGGGAAUGAAGGGGUGUUUUUGAAGAUGGUGAUGCAUCGUGGUGGAUUAAAAGUCACUACAACAGGAGUUCAAAACGAUCCACACAGUAAUUAUUCAGGCCUAUUAAUUAGUACUUUGUAGUAUCUGAGUCUCAACUGCGCAUACACCAGCCUACACCUUGGCCAUCCUUGCUCCCAGGGCCUUUCGGCCGCGCGCGACCUUUAUACACGGAACCGGAAGUGCAAGAAAACUUGCAGUAGUUUCUAAAGCGCAUAUUUUCACAGAGAAAUAUUACGAAGAAACGAAGUAUUUGUAUUGAAAUAUUUUGAUAGAAUAGUGUUUAGGUGCAGACCUCCUCCCCCCACCCCCACCCCACCCCACUCACUUCCACCUCACCCACUUCCAAACGCCACCCACUUGCAAACCCCGCCCACACCCACAAAAUGCGGUCACCCACCCCCUUAAAAUCCGGUCAUGCUCAAUAUAUUCUAAAGUACGGUUGUAUACCUAAUGCCAAUCGUCAAAAGUGUAACAUUUUAUUUUUGGUUUCUCCUAGCAUUGUGGAUCACCCAUUAUACUGUAGACGGACAACGACGUCAAGUCGUGCUGUUUGAAAAUGAACGCUGUAGUCAGCUGACAGGCGAAAUAUGUGUAUUAUACACACAAGAAGUUAAAGAAUCUGCAGAUUAUAUUUUAACUGGGAAGGUAAAGUUAUCAAUAGAUCACUGGCUAUCAAUAAGCAUAUUUUGCAUCCGAUUGUGGCCAAUCUGUAGUUAUCAGAAUGCAGGGGUCUUCCUCGACAUGAAUAGAGGUAUAGUGAACACAGGCUAACUGUGUGGCAGACAAGGUUCAUGCAUUAAUCACUGCGCCAAAAACAUCCCUUCAAUGGGACAUUUUUGCCAUGGCGUAUUGGAUUUGAACACCUGAAUAGCUAGGAGGGUCAAUCCAGAAUGGUCAUUUUAUGCGUUUUCGGAGUGACAGCUGAAUUUGUUUUUGCUUUAAAUAUCUGUAUGGGCGCUUAAUUUGUAAUUAAUUUUCAUAUAGAGCUCGAAAAUUCGAUUUUAGAACUUCUCGGCAUUUUAAGUUUUAGAACUACCAAUUUUACAUUUAGAACAAUCCUUUUUGAAAAAUGGGAAGCCUUGAGAUGAAAAAAUAAUUAUCAGUUACUGAAUGAGAUUGAGCAGAAUUAUCAAGCCGAAUUUAUUUGCUCGUCUAAUGCAAUUCAAUAGCAGCAAACCUGGUAGAAUUCUUUGGAUUUUUACACUUUUUUAAUGUUAAAGGAAGUUGUUUGUGUUAUGUGCUUGACUCCUUUGGGAAUUAAAUUCAGCUUGAUAGGCUAUGAUUAGGAUAAAUGUGCUAAAUUGGACCUAUUACCUAAUAAACAAAAAUUUGAUAUAGACAAGCCAAGACAAAAAUUUCAUCAUAGCUUGAAAGAGCAUCACAAAAUUAGUAAUAUUCCGGAAGUUUCGUUGCGAAAUGUUGUAAAAUGCGGAUAAUAUAGCCCUGCGAAAAUUGCAGUUUUUCAGUCUAAUAGAGACAUUAGAGACCUUAAGGAGGCUCCCUACAGUUGCGUGCGGGAUCUUCGCGGGACCAGUACGUGAACUAUCCCACGCAACCGCAUGAUCAAAACAAAACAACAUUUUCUUUUUUAAAAAAAGCUAUUUCUGAAAGGUUUCUAAUGGGAAAAAGCGUUGAAUAAUACUUCGUUUUGAGUGCCAAAUUACUUGCGAGUCUAUACAGCAAUUCUACAUAUGAUACGAAUACCACUAGACCAACAAAUAGCUACUAAACAAUGUGUUUUAAUGUUUUUAAAAUAUACAUUGUCAAUUGUAAAACAUUUGCAAAAUUGCAUACAAACGUUUAAAAAGUUGUUUAUUUCUCAAGAAAACGUUCACGUUUUUAGUCGUGUUUCUACAAGAUUAAAGUGAUGAUAUGUAAACAGAAAAAUAUUUCAGUUUCAUAGCCUAAUUGUUCAUUUUUAGCAAAAAGUACAAAACCAAACAUGAAACAAAAAAAACACGUCCACCUGUUAGUAGGCUGUUACAGCUCAUAGAUUGAGUAAACGGCAGGAUUCAAUUAGCUUCAACCUUGUUUUCAUCGAUUUAAUCCUUCACAAUAAUCCUUGGCUGUCCAUAGCACUCAAAUAAAUCGAAAAGUUGACAAAAACAAAACAGUAAAAACAACAUUGCGGCUCGAUUUUGCUGAAUGAAAACUCGUUGUGCGCCCGCGUACAAUCUUUUACUAGUCAGCGACGCUUUUCAACAGGGGAAUUUCUCGAGUUACACGAGGCUAUUUUCUAACUUUAUUUGCAUUUUACUCAUUAGUUUCAUCGGUGACCUAUCUUCAAAUUUUGACCACGAAUUUAUUUUGCGGUAAAUUUUAUAAAUUUCAAAUUUUAAAAAAAUCUGUAGUGUGGAAAUUUCGCAAUAAAUUUUUCGCUUUUAAAAAAAUUACACACUACAGAAUUUUUUUAAACUUUCACCACAGUUGCAGAGCAUCAUUCCUUAUUGAUAUAUGAAAUAAAAAAGAUAGGUCACCGACAUCGUUUUUGAGAUAGCGGCACAUUUAUGGGUUAAAUUGGAAGGCUUUAUGCUGUCGUCAUGUUGCCAUGGGAACAUUGACAUCGUCGAAAUCUAGUUCGAAAUAUUCCUUAGGUGACCAAUAUUGCCCCCAAGUCGAAAAGAAUUCGCGUUUUGCACGAAUAAGCCUGUUUUACGGAAUCAUUGCUUAAACAAGAAUAACUGUAGGGAGCCACCUUAAGAUUGACGUUUACGGUUUGUUUUUGAUUUUACAACUCUAUUAUUAUAGCUUUUACACCAGUUUUGAAAUAUGUUAAACUUAUUAAACUUGUGCUCUUUAUCAUUAACCACUAGUCAUGCCAUUCACCAAAGCAGUAAAUUAAGAUUUGGCGUUUGAAGUUGACGUUUGGCGUAUAGAUUUCAUGCUUUAACGACUACAAGCCCUCGUAGCAGUUCAAGCAUGAAAUUUAUACGCCAAACGUCAACUUCAAACGCCAAAUCUUAAUUUACUGCUUUGGUGAAUGGCAUGACUAGUGGUUAAUUUGCUUUCUUAAAUCAUUGCUAAAGAGCACAAGUUUAAUAAUUAUUUAAUAUAUUUCAAAGCUGCAUGGUGUAAAAGCUGUUAUAAUAGAGUUGUAAAAUCAAAAACGUCGUUAGCGGUUUGACGUUUGCCGUAAAAGUCAAGCUAAAUGUCUCUAUUAAGGUCCAGACACACCGGACGCGAUUGGACAAUGCGACGCGAUUUUUCGAUUUUCACUGACCGAUAACUUUGAUCCUAGUUUAUAUUUAACGAAUAUUUAACUAGCGCUAUAUUCCUGUAACAUUUUGAGUUAUUUGUUCUACAUAUCUUUCAAAAUUUGCUCUCAUUGGCUGUUCAAAAACUAAAAAAUCGCGUCGCGUUGUCGAAUCGCGUCCGCUGUGUAUGGACGCAGUGCUAUAUUAUCUGCAUUUUACAACAUUUCCCAACGAAACGUCGACUGAAAUAUUACUAACUUUGGGAUGCUCUUUCAAGCUGUGGUGAAAUUUUUGUCUAGACUUUUGGUUAUUAGGUAAUGGGUGAGUUAGGUGUAUACGUGGUGUUUCCACUAACCAAAACUUAUAUUACAUAGCAAAAGGUUAUUUCAAAGUAAUUUUGGCUGUUUUUCUUCCUAGAAAAUCAAAGCAAUCCCAGAAAGGCUGAUUGAAAUAGAACCAUCUCUUGCUUUCUUCAAGCUGCCAAAAGCAAUUGGUAGUGAAUGGCUCUUUCUUGAAUCUUUGUUGUCAACGAAAGAAAGGAAAUUGCUAGUAGGUUUUGAUGGCGCAGGGCAACCUAUCCCCCUGAAUAAAGUAGAUAGGGAUUCAUCUGACUUUCAGGCAUUUUUCAAAAUACUUGAAGCUGGCUAAUAUAAACAUUUAUGACCUUUAAUACAAGCUUGAAAGCACAUUCUCCUGGUUAUGCUUAAUUAAGGCAGUUUUGAAGUGAAUGACCUUAAAUCGUAUGUGCAAAAUAUUUAAUUGUACCUAUAUUUAGGUUUAACGCUUUCAAUUAUUUAAUGAAUACCCACAUUAGUUAGGCAAGUUUCGUACAAAUGGACUUUAGAUUUUGCUAAUAAAUUAAAAUGGUAAACCGAAUGGAACUUCGAUUUCAUUUCACCAAUAAAACUUCAAAUAGAUAUAAGAAAUACACACCC